CGAAUUAGCAUGAUCACCACGAGCUCUUCGCGCAUCGGGAUCCGCCCUGUCCACUUUGGCUGCUCAGGGUCAAGUAACAUCUCGGCGACUGCUUGCUUUGCUACUGAUCACGUCAUCCGGGUCUCGGUCUCCCUGGAGAUUAUGACUGGACUGCUGGACGACUAAUUGCAGUGGUGUCAACAUAGCCAAAUUGUCAACUUUGGUGUCCGAUGAUGCGAUGGAAGAACGGUUGACUCCAUCGAUCACUGUCACGCGGUUCACCUGAUUUAGAGACAACUGAGUUGUAUACCAAUGUGCAAUCAUUUCUCUCAAGCUGAGAAGCGUGCAAUGCUUUCGACUUAUCGACAACAAGGCGUAUUGAUGUACGUACAAGUACAUCCUCCAGUUUGCAAGUCAACGGAGAUGAAAGGUGAGCAGACUGAACCAGUUGCUUCGGCUUUGUGCUUCAACGAUAUUGCAUUUCAUGAUCCGAUUUAGUUGUACACAUCGCAUUGUUUCAUCCAGAUGCAAGCUUUCCGCAGAGGUCAUUUUCAGUGGCCUGCUUCUGGAAAGACAAUCAUGACGCUGAAUAUUGAGUUCUCCAUGUUACAUGCUUAUAGAUUCAACCAUAUGGCCUUCCACUGCAAGCCAUAGC